AUGAAUUUAGGACAAGGCGUUAUCAAAAAAAUUAUUCUGGUUUCCGCAUUAAUAAUAAUAUUUUCAUCAUGCACCAUCGGAAGUGACGAUGAUGAAAAUUUCUACUUCGCAAAUAGCAAUAAUAAUAAGUUCUUUGCUAAUAAUAGAAGAAAUUGCCAGCCUAAUUACUAUUUUGAUGUAGAUUACUUCAAAUGUCGAUUGUGUGAUGGAAACUUUCACCUUUCGGUAGCGAAGCAAAAGAAUCAAUGUAAUUGUGAUAAGAAUUCUACGGAAAUAUUUGAAUAUGAUAAUAUCUUAAGACGACCGAUUUGCAAGCCACUAUCGGAAGUUGUACCUGAGACUAAAUGUCUAUUACAUUUUGUGAACUCAACGGAUUUCUCAGCUGUGAGAAAAGUUGUGCGAGUUUACCGCCUUCCAGUAUCAACAAAACAAAAAUGUUUUUGUGAUUCGAGGUUAAAUGAGGAAUAUCACGGAAAGUACUGCAUUAGAUAUGAGUUAUUUAAAGACUUGAAAAAUUAUCAGCAAUACAAGAAUCUUCCGCUUACACAAACAUUAAAUUUGAGUUACGAGUUAAAAUUUAUUGUUCUGUUUUGCAAGAUCCUGCAUAGGCGUGACUAUUGCAAUUAUCUUGCAAAUCUUUGUGUUCUUACUCAUUUCAAUCUUGACAAGAAUGGUCCAUGCUAUUCAUUUUAUCAACAACAGAAUCAACACUUGGCAAUUGACGAAGGCGGAAAUAUCUAUGGAUCGAGUGAGGGUAACGAAUUCAAUGGCGGGGAAAAGAUGAAACCGUUUCUGUUCUUUCGCGGAAAGAAAAACAACAAAAAUCUUUUCGACAAGUUCAUCGACUUCUCAUAUAAUAUUGAGAAUGCAAAUAGCACAAUAAAUUUUACAAUCCUUAAUUAUAACUUAUAUGGAAAUGUGAGUGAUCUCCGUCCGAUGAAGCUGAGUGAUUUGAACUUAUGUAAUCAAUAUACAACCUACAUGGACGGCGUUAAAUUCGCAUCGAAUUAUUUCAGCAAGUGCUCGAUAAAUCUACGUGAGUUAAUUGCUCUCAUGCCGGAAACAAGUUUCUCGACACUGUAUCUAAAUUAUUUUGAGAAUCAAGUCAAUUUCCUUCAGAUAGUUCCGAUUUUAAUACGAAAUGCAUACGAGGCCAAUAAACAAGAAGAUAUCGAACGAUGGCAAUUGGUAAAAAGGUUCUUUCUGAUCGACACAGUAUCGGGUAAAAAUUUAAAUAGCGGAAAAAACACAAAUAAUGAUGACGAUGGGGAUGAGAUGGAAACGGCAAAAUUUUAUGAGCAAUACAGUCAAAUUAAUUAUGUAAAGUCAAUCGAGAUACGAUUCCAUCUGAGUGAUGAUGACGAAAAUUCUGAUGAAUUUAAUAAAAUUAACAUUCCGGUGAUUAUUAUGGAGUAUGGAUCAAUGAACUUGACACAAAUUGCUAACAAAAUGAAAUCAUCUGUUACUUAUGACGAGAGUGAACUAUACAAUGUCGACUUCUCAUUCAAAAUUAAAUUCACAAUGCGGCCAAAUUUAAACUUUUUCUUCCAAAUCAUUUUGCCAAUUUUUAUUCUCAUUGCAUUUUUUAAUGCCCUCAUGUGUACAUUUAUCUACAAGAUCUCGCAACAAAAAAUGGAAUAUGAUCUCUCGAUUCUAUUGAAUUUCAUAAUUAAUCUCAUGGCGAAUGUAUCGAACGCAUUCUUCAUAUUCAUUUUGAUAUUCAUUGCUUACGUUUUUUUCGUGUAUAAAACUCAAUCAUCUGUUGUAAAGAUCAUGUUACCGCUUGAACGUGAGGAAGCAGUGAUCGAGAUUUUGUUAGUCUUUGCGAUAAUUUUCAAGAUUGUCAAAUUAAUGAAAUUAUUUUAUGAUAUGAUCACACUCGACAUCUUCUUUAUCGAUUGGGAACGACCGAAGGUCUACAACACUAGCGAUCACUUCUUUCAUGGCUCAAAUAAAUCACAUCCUGGGACACCGUCAAUCACAUCAAGUUUUAAGCCCACACUUUCAUCUCCCUCACCUACAAAUGAUUGUGUCUCGGCGUGGAGGAAUUACUUUGUGGCAAACGAAUGGCAAGAGUUGAUUACAAAGCGUAAAGUGUCUGUGCAGCUUCACAUCAUCUUUGUGAUUGCCGCUUUAAUGCUAUUUGGAUUCGAAAAUUUUGCAUCUACGGAUUUUGAUUUUAACUUAAAUGUCACCAGUUUCCAGCACUACCUAAGCCAUUAUCGAAUGGAUAAAGAAGCAUCGGAUAUAGUUAAUGGAAAUAUCUUACUGAAGGUAGCAACAGGUGCCAUAAUAUAUUUGACUGCUUACAUUUUGCAACGAAUAUGGAAUUUUCUCAUUUAUGAGCGAUUCAUUGACAAUUGCCUCCAGCAGUUUAUCGAUGUAGCAUCAAUAGCCAAUAUUUCGGUAUUGAUACUCAUCAACUCGUAUGGAUUUUAUAUUCAUGGGCGAUCAGUACAUGGACGGAGUGAUAUCGAUACAUUCAAUAUGAUUUUACAAUUUAAGAGAGAAGAAGAAAAUUUAUGUGGACAUCGAGGAUUAUUGCCGUCAUCGGAUCAACAAACAUACACAAUAUUAGCACCGAGGAAUCUUCGGACAUUUUAUGAGAAGCUUAUAAGUCCAAUACAAAAUAAAUCGAAUCAUUAUCAUCAGCAAUUUAAUCAUCAAUCGAUGAAAUUUGAGCAAAAUUUUGAGAAAACUAUUCUCACAUAUCACAACAUCAAUCGAUUUUUUGCUGCAUUUAUUGAUCAUGCACUUAAAGAUGUCGAUUAUGUGAUUAAGGAGAAAAAUCUAUUUGAAAAGAUUUUUGAUUGUGAAUUGGAAUCGACAAUUAACAACGACUCGAAAGGAAUCUUUUAUUUUGAUAAUGGACACUCAUUUGAUAAAGUGUUAUUUUAUGGUAACGAAAACUCAAUUUUCGGUUUCGAGUACUUGCUCUUUAUUUUCCUAUUAUUCGUAACUGGCAAUUUCUUGAUUGCUACACUUUCUAUUGGAAUUAUUUUCAAGGUAAUUAUUAUCUCUGAAUUGGCAGAAGGUUCACAAAUUGGUUUUGUGAUGUUAAGUAACAAUUUUUGUUGUGAAAUCCUUUCAACCGAUCCUAGUCAAAUCAAUGAUAUUGCAGCUCUUUUAAUGUACAAUACUCCAAAAUAAAGUGAUAGCUUAAGUGGCUCGGUAGUGGAAUGGUUUAGUACUUUGGUACCUAAUUAUUGUGAUACUGACACAUUGAUCAUGGGUUCGAGACUGGGUAAGGAAAAUUUUCCACUUGUCCUUUUUCGAAUCAUAUGUGCUGUAAAUGAGACUUACAGCCUUCCUUUGUAGUCUAAACGCAUGCAAUUGAGCAUCAUGCAAUUGAGAUAAGACAAGAUAAGAACUGAAAUGUUUUUUAUAACAAUGGAGUAUUUUUUAUAGCAAUAUAAAUAGAAAUAUCCAG